AUGGAAAAUACUGAGUUGCAUGCAAAUAUACCGUCAAAUUUUGAUGGUUUCACUGCAUUUACCCUAGAUCCAUCUCAUCCUUUAUACAUACAUCCUUCUGAUAGUCUUGGUGUUCAGCUGGUUACAGUUCCUUUCAAUGGAACUAGUUUUGUUAUAUGGCGCAGUAGUAUGCUAACAUCUCUCUCAACUAAGAACAAAGUAGGACUAAUCACUGGCAAAGUAGCCCAACCUGCACUUGAUUCUCCCUAUUUUCCUUUCUGGGAAAGGUGCAACAAUAUGGUCAAGGCCUGGAUUACUAACUCACUAAUUAGAGAGAUUGCUAUAAGUGUUAUGUGUCUUAGUACUGCCAAGGAAGUAUGGAUGGACAUAAAUGAAAGGUUUGGGCAGUCUAAUGGGUCUAAGUAUAUUCAAUUCCAACGGGAGAUCAGUUCUACCUUUCAAGGGUCUUCUGAUAUAGUCACCUACUUUACUAAGAUUAGAACUAAAAGUAGCAUCUUUAUGAUGUCCCUAUACCCUUCAAUCAGUAAGGCUUAUUCUCUUCUACAAGAAGAUGAGAGUCAGAAAGAGACUCAUCCUGUCUCUCCUAGGUUUUCAACUGAUUCAGCAUCUUUCUCUGUCCCAUCAACUCAACUUCACCCUAAUAAACAAUACACUCAGAGAGUCACUUUUGAAUCCAAGAAGCCUUCAGCAUCUGCUACUGUGUCUUGCAAGUAUUAUAAGAAAAGUGGCCACACCAUAGAGAAGUGUUACAGACUUCAUGGAUUUCCUCCUGAUUUCAAGUUCGCAAAGAACAAGAGAUCUGCUUCAUGUGUCCAAAUGGAGAAAUCAUCUUACUCUCCUGCUGUUUUCAAAACAUCUGAGGCUCCAGUUCAUGGGUUCAACAAAGAACAGUACAACCAUCUCAUGGCCUUACUCCAACAGACACAUAUUUCUCCCAACUAUACUCCUGCUAGUGCUGCUGCAGACCGUGGUGGAUAUGCUCAUUUUGCAAGUGUGUCAUAUCUUCCAGUAGAGAAAAUGCAUUCUUUAGCUCAUUCUUUGUCUGCAUCUUUUAAUUCAGUUAGAAAACCUUGGAUCCUGGAUUCUGAUAUUCCUGCUUCAUCCUAUCCUAUACUUUCUUCUUCUCCCACACAUGGUUUCACAUCUGAACCCACUCCUUAUUUCACUCCUCCUACUAUCUCUCCCCCCUCUCCUUCCAUUUCUCCAAUUUUCUCCUUUCCAUCUACUUCUUCUCCUUUACCAGUUCCUUCUUCUCCCCUCCUUAGGAAGUCCACCAUAGUUCAUCAACCUCCUGCUCAUUUGGCAUAUUAUUUUUACCAGCAAGCUGUUUCUCACCCUGUUUGGCAGCAUGCCAUGCUACAGGAAUUCAAAGCUCUUGAGGCAAAUAACACAUGGGAUAUUAUUCCUCUUCCUCUCAACAAGAAGCCUAUCCCAUGCAAAUGGGUUUAUAAGAUCAAACAAAAAUCUGAUGGGACUGUGGAGAGAUAUAAAGCCAGGCUUGUAAUAAUGAGAGACACUCAAAAGGAGGGAAUUGAUUAUUUUGAAACUUUCUCUCCUGUGGUCAAAUUUACCACCAUCAAGUGUCUCCUUUCUCUUGCUGCAAAAAAGGGAUGGAAUGUGCAUCAACUUGAUGUUAACAAUGAUUUCCUCUAUGGUGAUCUCCAUGAGGAGGUUUACAUGAAAGUCCCUCUAGGUUUAUCUGUAUCAGGUCCAUCAUCUUCUGAUUCUUCUUCUCCUUUGUAUGUUAGCUCUUCCCUAACUGUAUUAGCAGUUUAUGUUGAUAAUAUUUUGUUGGCUGGUGAUCAUAUCACAGAAUUGGAUAGUUUGAAGACAUUUCUGGAUGCUCAGUUUAAGAUUAAAGAUUUGGGUGAGGUCCACUAUUUUCUAGGUCUAGAAGUGUCUUCUCAUCCUGAGGGUUUUCUGAUGUGCCAACACAAAUUCACUUCCGAGCUGCUGGCUGAAUUUAAUUGCACUCAUUUUACCCCUGUAGUUACCCCUUUGGAUCCUUCCAUAAAAUUAAUCAGUGAUAUGGGUGCCCCUAUAUCUGAUCCAAGCACUUUCAGAAGGCUUGUAGGGAAACUGAAUUUUCUUCAGCGCACAAGACCUGACAUUGGCAUUCUGUUGUCUAAGAAUACUGACCUGUCUCUGGUAGCUUUUUCUGAUUAUGAUUGGGCUGCCUGUGCCCAAUCUAGAAGCAAAAAGCAACCAACCAUUUCUCUUUCUUCUGCUGAGGCAGAAUAUAGGGCUCUAAGGAAGGUGGUUGUUGAAGUCUCUUGGUUGAUCAGAGUGUUGGUUGAUUUGGGCCUGACAUUGUCUUCUCCUGUUCCUAUAUUUUGUGAUAGUCAGGCUGCGCUCCAUAUUGCCAAGAAUCCUGUGUUCCAUGAGCGCACCAAAUAUAUUGAAAUUGAUUGCCAUUUUGUUCGUGAUUGCUUAGCAUCUGGAUUGAUUUCUUUACAUCAUGUUUUCUCAUCUACUAAUCUUGCUGACAUUUUGACGAAGCCUCUUCCAGGUCCAGCUCAUCACAAUCUGUUGUGCAAGCUUGGAGUGCUUCCCCUUCGAGCUUGA